AUGGAUCUAACAAAGGUUUCUGGCAUAGGGUUCGUUGGAUUGGGAGCUAUGGGUUUGCCAAUGGCUGGCCACCUGGCAAACAAACUCCCUAGUCAUAUUCGCCUAUAUGUCUAUGACAUCAACCAGGCUAGCGUCGACCAACUGCACAGUGAUUAUCCUGAUCGUGUGAUCAAAGCAUCUAGCGCGAAGAACGUGGCAGAUCAAUCGGAAAUAAUCUUGACCAUGUUACCAGAGGGGAAACACGUCCGAUCAGUCUACAUGGGAGGAGACUCAGAGACAAUCUGUUCGAGCGACGUGUCCGGAAAACUUCUGUUAGACUGCUCGACCAUCGAUACAGCUAGCAGUCUCGCGGUCAAGGAUUAUAUCAAUGAGAAAUUUCCCACGGCCUCAUUCUACGAUGCUCCCGUCAGCGGCGGGGUGGUGGGAGCUCAGAAAGCGUCCAUAGCAUUUUUCCUCGGCUGCGGCGACAGCGACCCGAAUCUCCCGCACCUGAUAAAACUCGUACAAUUGAUGGGCAAAGACGUGAUCCCAUGUGGAGGUCCUUCCAAGGGAUUGGCGGCGAAACUGUCAAACAACUAUCUAUCUGGGGUGAUCGCCAUCGCGGUCUCAGAGGCCAUGGACAUGGGCAUGCGUUCGGGACUCGACCCUCGGGUCCUGGCCAAAGUCUACGCAGCGGGCACGGCCCAGAACACGAUUUGUGAUCGGUUCUGUCCGGUCCCAGGAGUCUACGCUGAGGCACCGUCGUCAAAGGGAUAUACCAACGGGUUCAAAGUACAACUGAUGCGGAAGGAUUUCUCUUUGGCCUUGGAAAUGGCUCAGCGGGUGGGUGCUCAAAACGUGUUGGGCGAGGCUGGCCUGGCGACUUAUGAUGGGGCGAGUAAGGACCCGAGAUGCGUGGAUUUGGACUCGAGAGUGGUUUAUCGAUAUUUGGGUGGCGAUGAGGAUUGGUUGACCAAGAUUGACGGUGAUGCUACGGCGGCCAGUACACUGAAUGGCCAUUAG